CUCAAGAUCAUCGUCCAAAAUUUAACAGGGUGGUUCAUUCCAUGACAUUCAGUACGGAGUUUGGCCCGGCUUGAUCAUGCUCAUCUUGAGACACCCUCUAGCUUGUGAAAUCUACAGAACUUCCACACGUUUCCUCAGUCGGUAGAAAGACUCGAUCAAAUCUGGAAGUCAAUAUGAAGUUUCAAUCUGGUGCUACUUUCUUUGUUUUAUUAUUGUUUUGUGUCAGCUGUCGAAGUCAGCUGCUGAGUGCCUUUAUGAACUUGUUCUCUAACAUAUUUCAUGGUCCUGAACCUGGCCUUGGCGGGUUAUUCAGGGGCCAGUCUGAAAGCCAAAGAGGACCGUAUUUUGACGACGGGACACAACAACCCGUGGCUACUGGCUACGACGAGCCUUAUCCGGCAGAUUGCGGUCGCAAUCCCGAAGAUGGCACGGGUAAACUGUGCUUUCCCGAUGGAUUAUUGUGCAAACGAAGAGUCAACCGUGUCGGUAACGAGAACUUCAAUGGACAAAGAUACUGGAUGUCCUGGAAGAGCGAUGACCCUCAGUUGCGUACUGCCGAGUGGGAUUGGUUCAAUGCCCGUAACUACUGCCGCAAACGCUGCAUGGAUCUUGUCUCCAUUGAGACCCGCGAGGAGUACGAGUUUUUGAAGUCGCACAUGGGAGGAGUUGCUUACACCUGGACUUCUGGCCGUCUCUGUGAUUUUGACGGCUGUGAUAGGCCCGAUUUCUUCCCCAAGGAUAUCAACGGAUGGUUCUGGUCGGCAAAUCAGGUCCGUCUUGCUCCAACUAACUCCUUGAAUGAGUUCCACGACUGGUCCGGCACUGGAGGGGCGGGAGAACAUCAACCUGAUAAUCGUGAAGGUUCUGAAUCUUGUCUGGCCGUUUUGAACAACUUUUACGGUGACGGCAUUAAAUGGCACGACGUGGCCUGUCACCACGAGAAACCUAUCAUUUGCGAGGAUGUGCCUGGACACAUCCAGUUUGCUCGACAGAACUUCCCACAAUUGAACAUCCCCUAAGCAGUUGGAUAGUUCCGUGACUGAAAAGCAUUGAGAAUUCAAAAACACUCAUAUCUUCGUUCUACUUCAAACUCUUCCAAGUUUAUUCCUCCUUUGGUCCUCAUCUUGAUCAAGCGCAAAGUUUGGAAACGAGGACUGUUUAAAUCAUCUGCGCAGGUCUCUCCCCACCCUCAUAGACAUGCUGUAUUGUCUACUUCAAAAUGCCACUUUCUUUUCUACAACCUUGAUGGGCUUUAUUAGUUUGUAAACCAGAGGCAGGUAUCGGAUCAAAAGGUUCCAAAAAAACAGGGUUCCUCACAGAUGUCAAAAACUCGACUCUAUGUAUUAUAUCUGGACAUGCUGCCUUCCAGUUUUAUAUCUCCUUAUUAUUUAUACUCUUAUUUAUUACCUUGUACACAUUCGUAUCAUCAACAUCUUGUGUAUGAAUGUUAAUAAAUCUUGCUGAAAAGAA